AUGGAUGAAGAAAACAACCACAUGGAAGAAGAUUCUUGUGACAUGGAAGAAUCUGUAUGUGGAGAUCCAAAAGUUGAUAUUCGUGUUGGAGAUGAAUAUCAAGCUGAGCUCCCUCCUUUAAUGUCUGAAUCCGAACGUGCAGCGUUUCUUGAUGAUUCUUCUUGUUCCUUUGUCAUGGGACGACCUCUGGAAGUAAUGUGGAUAAACACCAAAGACCAAGAAAGGCUUGGAGGAGGAGAUGAUGAUGUGGACAUGAGCGAGUCUCUCAAGUCUCUGAAGACAAAGACAAGUCGUAAUGGGAAAGGAAUAGUGAGUCUUGAAGCUGUUCCUGAGAAGCAGUCAAGUUCUUGGGAUGAGUUUGAAGUGGAUGGGUUUGUUCUUGGGCUGUAUACGUUUGGGAAAGACUUUGCUCAGAUGAAUAAGCUGUUGGAUAGCAAAGAGACAAGAGAUAUACUUUCGUUUUACUACGGGAAGUUCUACAAAUCAGCAAAGCACAAGAUUUGGUCUAGCUUCCUCAAGAAGCGUAGCAGGAGAUGUGUACAAGGCAAGAAGCUUUAUUCAGGAUGGAGGCUACAACAGUUGUUGACUCGUUUGAUUCCAAGUGUUCCUAGUGAAUCGGAGAAGAAGAAGCUUGUGGAUGUCUCAAAGUCAUUUGCUGAAGGGAAUAGAUCUUUGGAGGAUUACAUCACUGCAGUGAAGGAGCUGGUUGGUCUAAGGUCUCUUGUGGAGGCUGUAGCGAUUGGUAAAGAGAAAGAAGACCUGACGGUGCUAACAACAGAGCCAGUGAAUUCGAAGCAAUGGUUCACUGUUUCUUCUGCGGUUCCUGCUGCUGGUUUAGGGGUCUACACUUCACUCACAUGUCAUGAGAUCGUUGAGAAGCUGAGUGGUGGGUCUCGUCUAAGCAAAGCUCGUUGCAAUGAUAUCUUCUGGGAGGCUGUGUGGCCUCGUUUGCUAGCUAGAGGGUGGCACUCUGAGCAGACGAAAGACAACAACAAGAUCGUCUUCCUUGUCCCUGGGGUGAAGAAGUUCUCAAGAAGGAAACUUGUGAAGAAGAGUCACUACUUUGAUUGUGUCAGUGACAUUCUUGCAAAGGUUGUUGCUGAUCCUGAGCUUCUUGAGUUUGAGACAGCUGAGAACAGACCUCCGGUGAAUCAAGAGAAGCGGCGUUACCUUAAGUCUCCAGAGCCUUGUUCUACUCACAUGAAGUUCACUGUUGUGGACCCUGCUGGUUUGGCUUGUGGUGGGAAGCUGUGUGAGCUUAGGGAGAUGAAGUUUCCGAAUCCGAAUCAGGAAGCUUCUGUUGAAAGACUUGAGAUGUCGCUGUUGGAUGAAGAGAAGCAUGCCAAGUUUGGUGAUGAGUGUAAAUGGAGAAAGAAGCGGAUGAUGAAACUUGUGGAAGAUCCUGAUGCUAUGAGGUUUAUGAUUGUGGAUGCAAGUUUGGAACAUGGUGGGAUAAAGAGAAGGAGACACUUGCCUGGUGAUGAGAACCGUAGAGAAGCCAUUGAUGAUGAUGAUGAUGAUUCACCACAGAAGAAGUAUGAUGAAACUGCAGAGUAUACUAAUGGGAAUAGUUCUGGUGUAAAGGAGGAGACUUUGGAGUUUGUUCAACAAGGCCGGUCUAAGAAGCGGUCGGCUCGUAAACCGGAGUCUAGUAACCACCAUCCGGUUACUUCUUCUUUCCCCUUGCCUAAACGCAGGCGGCUCAGUGUUUGUGUAAGGAAGGAUAUCAAACGUUCUGGGGAAAGCUCAGUGUUGAAACCACCUGCGUUGGAAGAAACUGGAAAUGGGAUUGAGGAUGAGAUUCAAGAACGGCAAGAAAGUGAACCAAAUGGGUUAUCUUCAAAGAAACAAGAAGUCAGUGCAUCAGAAGAAGAAGAACAGCAAGGAAACGAAUCAAACCGGUUGUGUUUGGACCAAAAACACUCUUCCAAGGAUUUGGAAACUGCUCAACAACAAGAGGAACCGAUUCAGGUUCCUGCAGUGUCAGGCUCGGAGAAGAAUUCUCCUUCUCCUUCUACUACUGAUCAUGGAACGACUAAUCAACAAGUUGCAUCGUCAAAGCAAGAAGAAGAAGAAGAGCAAAACCAAGAGGCUAACAACACAGAUCUUCUUCCAAGAAGACAAAGCACAAGAAAGAGGCCAUUGACGACUCGUGCCCUAGAAGCUCUUGAGUCUGGUUUUCUCACAGCAAAGAGCACAAACACUACAUCAAAACCAAGGAAACGAGAAAGAUCUAAGAGGAUCAAGCACAGAAACCGAGCUCAAGAUGAGACAGAGAAUGAAACCACAGCAAGUAAACCACUGGACCAGAUAGAAGAUUCAGAACCGAGGUUUCUUGCGAAUGAAGGAACAGCGAUGCAGAGUAAGGCUGUGGAGCAAACGGAGGAUUCAAAGAAAGUGACAACAGGAUUCCCUAGACUUCCUCCGAUUGUUUUGAGACUUCCCUUUAAGCGGCGUUGA